AUGGCCACCUCAAAUCUGGAAGGCAAAUUCGGCUUGCAGGCGUCGCGCCUCAAGGUUAUUACGCUGUUGUCCGAGCAGGCGAAGAACGGCGACUUCGACGAAUACUGCCUCGAUGCCCUCACGGAACGGGAGGAGUUCCUCGACGGUCACCUCUCCAAGUUCGAGGCUCUGCACGAGAAAUUAUGCGAGGCCAAGGUGGAAGGCCUCACGGACCAUGCUUACUUCACGACGGAUAGUUACCUGCGGAUCCUCGAAGUGUACUCGUCAGCGAAGUCGAGACUCACGUCCCUGAAACAAAGGCAACGGCAAAAGGAGGAAGAUGCCUCCCCUCGCCCUGCGGAUCGCCUCGCCCGGAGCUCCCUCAUGACCGCCUCGGGAGGGGUGCGUAGAUCCCUCCCCAAAAUACAGCUCCCCUCAUUCGCUGGGAGCUACACGGAGUGGCGUCCAUUUGCGGACCUCUUUUCAACGCUAGUGGGCGACUGUUCCGACCUCGAACCGGUGGAGAAGAUGUUCUAUCUGAAGGCCAGCCUCACGGGGGAAGCCUCACGUUUCAUUUCAAGCAUCCCAGUGAGCGGGGACGCCUUCGCUGCCGCUUGGGACACCCUCACUCGCAGGUACGAAAAUCGACGCCUCCUGAUCUCCGCCCAGGUUGAACGCCUCGUUAACGGGACACCGCUGCCUCCCAAGUCCUCGCAGGCCGUCAACGGUCUCCUCUCUGAGGCCAAGGAAGCCCUUGAUGCGCUGAAGGGCCUCCACGUCCCGGUUGAACACUGGGAUGUCAUUUUGGUACACCUGCUGGUGCGCCGCUUGGAUCCCCUCACGCGCGAGGCCUGGGAGAAUCACCUCGGGCAGAAGGAGGAGCACCCUACCUGGAAAGACCUCCAAGCCUUCCUCACCGGGCGGGCCAGAGCCCGAGAGACCCUCGAGCUCUCCCGCGAAGAAGUUUCGAGUUCGAGACCACCGGCUACCUCCGGACGCCCCUCGGUCAGUUCUCGGCCCCCACCCAGUGCUCCGCGAGUGACCGCGCGACCACCUCCAGCCUCUGCCGGACGGGCAUAUCACGCCGCAGAGCUUCCGCCGAAUUACAAGGACGGGCUCUGCGACAUGUGUGGGAAGAAACACUAUAUAACCGAGUGCGCGGAGUUCCUCGCGCUUCCUAUCAUUGAGCGCCGCCGGAUCGCAGUACAGCACCGCUUGUGCUACAACUGCCUCGGCCGACACAGUGCCCUUAACUGCCGCAGCGAACGACGGUGCCGCACGUGUGGCAACAAACACCACACCCUCAUUCACUUCCCGGCGCACCCGAUGGACGACCGCCCCAAGGACAGUGGGUGGCCCGGCAUCCCCUCAGGAACACCCGUUCCUGCAGCUCCUCGGGCGACGGCUCAUCACGUAGCCGUUCCUCACCCCUCAGCGGACACCUCAGGCAGGGACUCCUCAUUGGAAGAGGCGGGUGCACCACCGGACCAACCCGGCACGCAUCCAGACACGGCCUCGCUCCCGCAAUCGGAGUGA